ACGCGUUCCAGCUCUGUAACAAGGACACACAAAUUAAGCAAAACAGCAGCCAACAGCAACAACUGAACGACUGAAAUAGUGAUAUUUUAAGUGAAUUGAAAAGAUUUGUUGUUAUUCACAAAGAAAAUAUCAUAGAGAAACCUUUCGCGAAACGAAUUAGGUACAAUUCUCAUCUCUAUCGCAAUCACGAUCGGGUCUUAAAAGGCGAACAGGAUAAUGAGCUCCUAUCUUGCGGAAGUGCAAAUGUUACUCUUCAAUUGCCCAACGUUCAUGAUGGUUCCACGUAUGAGCUGGAUGAUAAUCAUCUCACACAAAAUGCUGGAGAAUAUGAAAAUACUCUAACAACAGAAUACGGUGAUGGAGCAGAUGACAAUGAUGAUCUUGAUGAAAGCAUUGACCACGUUGUCGAUUAUCUAAUUGAAAGUUCUGAUGAAGAGCUAGAAGAUGAGCUAUCUACAAAAGAAUAGCUGCUUGGAAAACCAGGAGAAGUUUUUAGCGGCGGACUCGCACUACACUAACUCGGCGUGGACAACGGGAAUGCCGUAGCUCGAUCAGACGAUUAGCCUUUUUUGCUGAAUAACCAGGAGAAGUAUCUAACCGUGGUUCUUGCUUGGCUUAAUUUCGCCUAAUUCUUCCGACGGAGUGGGGAGGCACCAAAGUGCGUAACCAAUUUCCGGAGGGAAGGCAAAGGUGAAACUUUCCCGAUUCUGUAUGGAUACCCAAACAAUGAAAAAAGUUUCUUCGUUGAGGUGUGGAUUACAAGUCAAUUUUUAUUCUCAAAAAACCUGUCUUAUAUACUAAAACUCCGUGGGAAAAAGAACAUGAAACAGCAUUACAUCGAUCUCCUUUUUCCUAAUUCGGUAUGCUGAUGCGUUGACCCCUGCCAGGCGUCGGCUAGUGUAGGAGGUCUGUAAUGUAACAAUGUCUGGCGAUUGUUACCCUAUCGUUUUAUGACCAUGGGUAAUGCAUCAUGCAUCUGUGGUUCAAAUGCGUAUGUUUAUUUUCCUAUUGCCUAUUGCCUGCGCGUCGUUUAUUCUAUUCGUCAAGUUGGUCUUUCCUUCACUGCCCUACGACCGUGCCUUGAUCUUCGCGAUGGUCGUUUUUUCAACUUACUAUGUCUGGAUAUUGUCCCCUUUCUGAUAUUUCCAAUAACGCACCAUACUUUCGUUUUCCUCAUGGUAUGAGGUAUCUCUGUGACUCAAGGUUGUUUUCCUAAGAUAAUAUUUUCCGAUGAGAAUUUAUCUUAAACAAAAAUAUUUAUUGAUUUAAAGUUGUUCAUCUAACUCUUGCAUGCCGUUAGUUUAGCUCAAUUUUAUUUUGUCGCGUUCGCAACAGCAUCCGUUACCGGGCGUUAUCCACAAAUGCCUCGUACCGCUCGAUCAAUAUGGUACUUAAACUUUUUCAACAAGCUCACGUUAAAGUUCCAUCAACCGCUAAGACGUUGCUGAAAACGGAUCGCAGUAGCUCGACGCAGAUAGCGGAAAUUGGCGGUGGACACUUUUGGUAUCGCGGGAUAAAACGAUGCCUACAAAACUAUUUUCGUACUAAGAAAUCACCUGCCACCCAGCUAUCCCUAACCAUAUCGAUCGAUGGUCUGCCUUUACAUACAAAUAGCAGCAUUCAGUUCUGGCCAAUCUUGUUUUCUAUUCAUGAGCUGCCCCAAGCACCGGUUAUGACUGCUGGCAUCUUCUGUGGAACGACCAAACCCGAAUCUGCAGAAGAAUAUCUUCGUCCAAUGGUGGUCGAAAUGAAUGAUUUGAUGCAGCGUGGCAUAAUCGUUCAUGGAUGUCAUGUCGCCAUAAGACUGCGCGCAAUCGUGGCAGACACUCCUGCGAGGGCAUUCAUCAAAGGAAUCAAGGGACACACCGGAUACGACAGCUGCUUGAAAUGUACCGUCGUCGGCAAAUACAGUCAGGCAGGACGUACAAUGACAUUUCCUGGUACAAACGCUCAGCAACGAACGGAUAAGUGUUUUAGGGACAAUGCAUACCCUGGACAUCGCAAGACGGAAACGCCGUUUGGUGGAUUUGCGGUUCUUCAACAUCAUCAAGGACAUACCAACAGGAGAUCGACUACACUGUGUGGAUCAAGGUGUCGGCAAGCACUAUAUUUUAGGCUUUCGGGAUGGAACGUUGAGAAAGCAACGCUGAACGACAAAACAAUGUGUUCAAAUAUCAAACCAUAUUGAACAGAUUAAGUUGCCGACAGAAAUUCAUCGCAAAAUACGUCCUAUCAAGCAGGCACAUUUUUGGAAUGCGUCGGAGAGCGCGUCUUUUCUUCAUUAUUCUGGGUUCGUAGUGCUGAAACCCCAUCUUACUGAUUGUGAGUACAGACAUUGCUUACUGCUGUUUUGUGCUGUGACAUUGCUAUCCUCUUCAGUUUAUAAGGAGAAGUGGCGUUUUGCUGGCCAAUUAUUAAACAAAUUCGUUGAGGACUUUGAAAGUGUGUAUGGUGAACAACAUAUAAGCAGUAAUGUGCACAUAUUGCAACAUUUGUAUGAGGAGGUGGAGCGAUUUGGACCUUUAGCAUCCUUUUCCACCUACCCAUUUGAAAAUCAGUUGAAAUGUUUAAAAAAAUUAUUACGUAGUGGAUGGAAGGAGCUAGAACAGGCAAUCAACCGACUUAUGGAAUAUGAGGAGUAUUAUAUAGGAAACCCUUACACAGCAUCAAAGCCCUCUAUUUCCAAACGAGGGAAUAUAAUAACAUUUAACCUCCAGAAAGAUUGUGUGCUUCAAAAUAACGAGAAGAAUUGUUGGUAUAUGAGCAAGGAUAACAGUAUUACCAAUUUCAAACAGUUAAUGGCCAAAUGGAAGAUGGCAAUGUGCGCAUUUGCGGGCGUAGGUUGAAUGAAAAAAACUUGGCUUUUGAUUAUCCUUGUGAGUCAAGUAUUUUAAACGCUUACAAAGGAUCCAUUAAAAAUUUAGAUAAGUCGUUUGUGUAUAUAUGCCCGGGGCAAGUUAAAUGUAAAUUACUUGCUAUACCAAGCAUUCGCGAUGAAAUUAUUUUUAUUCCUCUGCUGCAUACACUUGUGGAAUAAAUUCAAUAAAAAAUAAUGUAAAGGAAGUUAUAACUGUUCGUUAUUUAGUACACUUAUUUAGCUGGAAAAAGAAGGUAAUUGAAGCUUAAAAAAUAUGCGAAUAUGACAAAGUAUUGUUGUUAAGCGAAUACCAGAUAAUCGCAGCGGACUAACGAAAUGUAAAAUGCAGUAUCAAGAGGGAUUAAUAAAUUUAAUCAGGUUGUACAUCCAAA